AUGGGGACAUCUGGCCCUGUGGGAGGCAUCCUGGUGACUCUCCUCUGCUGCUGCCUGCUGAGCUCGGCUCUGGUCGAUCCUGAUGAUGUUCUCACGAAAGAAGAACAGAUCUAUCUCCUGGUGGAGGCCAAGGAAAAGUGUCAGAGGAACAUAAAGGCCCAGCUGGAGAAGAUCAAAGACCCCAGCUGCCCUCCAGAGUGGGAUGGGAUCAUCUGCUGGCCAAGGGGCUCCCCCAGCCAGGAGGUGUCAGUGCCUUGCCCUGAUUACAUCUACGACUUCAACCACAAAGGUCAUGCCUACAGGUACUGCAGUGCCUAUGGGACCUGGGCCAUGGCUCUCAGCAUCAACAAGACCUGGGCCAACUACACCGAGUGUGCCCUGCUCUUCUCCUCCGAGAGCCGGAGCCACCAGAAGGAGGUGUUUGACCGCCUACACCUCAUGUACACCGUGGGCUACUCCAUCUCCCUGGCCUCCCUCAUCGUCGCUGUCUGCAUCCUCUCCUACUUCAAGCGCCUGCACUGCACACGGAAUUACAUCCACGUGCACCUCUUCACCUCCUUCAUCUGCCGGGCCCUCAGCAUCUUCCUGAAGGACCUGGUGCUCUACUCGGGCACGGCGCCCGGCGACGCCGACAGGAGGGAGGAUGACUUCAGGGCUCCCUUGCCAGGACAGCGGGCACACCUGGUUGGCUGCAAGGUGGUGGUGACUCUGUUCCUCUAUUUUCUGGCCACCAACCACUACUGGAUCCUGGUGGAAGGUCUCUACCUGCACAGCCUGAUCUUCAUGGCCUUCCUCUCCAACAAGAACUACCUGUGGGUCCUCAUCAUCAUCGGCUGGGGUCUCCCUGCUGUGUUUGUGUCCAUCUGGGCCAGCGUCAGGGCCUCGCUGGCAGACACACAGUGCUGGGACCUCAGUGCAGGGAACAUGAAGUGGAUUUAUCAGGUCCCCAUCCUGGCUGCAGUCGUGGUGAACUUCUUCCUCUUCCUCAACAUCGUCCGGGUGUUGGCCUCCAAGCUCUGGGAGAGCACCACGGGCAAGCUGGACCCCAGGCAGCAGUACAGGCAACUGCUCAAGUCCACGCUGGUGCUGAUGCCGCUUUUCGGAGUGCACUACGUGGUGUUCACGGCCAUGCCCUACACCGAGGUCUCCGGGCUCCUGUGGCAGAUCCAGAUGCACUACGAGAUGCUCUUUAACUCCUCCCAGGGUUUCUUUGUGGCUUUUAUCUACUGCUUUUGCAAUGGGGAGGUGCAGGCCGAGAUCAAGAAGGCUCAUUUCCGCAGGCUCCUGGCGCUGCACCUGGGGCAGCCGGCGCGGCCCGGGAGCUGCUGCUGCGCCGGCCGGGGCUGCCGGGCCCCGCAGAGCCUCAGCACCAGCCUGGCGGGGCGGGCAGCGGGCGGCACCCGGGGGACGCUGCUCCCGAACCGGCCCCGCCCGCCCGGCUCCGUCCCCGGCUCCAUCCCCGCGCAGGAACCGAGCCAGAGGGGCCGGGGGGAACACACGGGGGAUUUGACAGAGCUGACUCAGUGCCAGGCCAAGCCCAGCAAGGAGCUGGAGACGAUGCUGUGAAGCGGAGGGUGGAUUUCUCACCUGGGCCUGGAAGGAAGCUGAUCCUCACACUUCGGGCUCUGCUUACACUUGAAUGGAGAGCCAGGGCUGGGACAGCAGCCAGAACAACCCAGCUCCCUUCCCAUCAGAACCAGGGUGCAAAGGGACCAUGAACUCUCGCUCCUCAUCCACCCCGGCCCAAAAACAAACCAUGAAACCUCAUUCUCCUCCACGUGCAAGUGACUGAUGCGAUCUCUGUGCUUGCAAAGCCUUGAGUCCUCACCAGGAGACACCACCGUGCUCCCUCCUACCCCCACAAGUGGGAGGUGGCAUCUCCAGGGGGAUAAAGCCCAUCCCAUGAGCCAGAUCCUGCCUGGACUCCCCCACCCAGCACCAGCUCCAGCCUUGUGCAGCCAGGGGAAGCACAGAGUGCCCGUGGGGCUGUUCUGCACCUCACCCUGCCCUCAUGGAUGGAGUGAACACCAACACACUACCACAAACUGGAGCGGGAGGCACUGGGACAGGGUGGGAUGAAGGAGGCAGGACAAACUUUAUGGCCUGCAAGGGUGCAGGGAACACUUGAAUCCCCAACACUUAAUCCAUUACCACAAAGGCCCCUGCAUGCAACUGUCCUGGCCCUGUCAUCUCACUGCAGGUUAUGAAGUGAAUAAAGAGAGUCUGUCUGGCUUGU